AUGCGACGAUCUUUGUUUAUGGGAAUUUGUGUUGCGCUUUGCAUCGAUGCAAAAAUCGACCACUGGGCCGUACAAAAUUCUCAAGAGAUGCUUAAAUGGAAAAAUGCACGACCACUACCCGUCGAUCUUUUUUGCAGAUUAUGUGAAGACUUCUUCACAAAUCUGUUGAGAGCCGCUCGUAGGAACCAAGAAUCGUCUCUUCAGAGUUUAGAGCGAACUUGUGAAUUGCUCUCGAACAAUGAUCCAUUCCUCUAUCCGACUUGUCUGGACUUCACGACAAUGGAAAUCGAGUCACUUCUCGGCGAGUUUGAGAAUGACUUCACACCAAUUGAUAUUUGUUAUUCACUGGAAGUGUGCUGA